AUGGUUUAUUUUCCCAUCCUAGAGGCAGUCGUGCUGUUUGCCAUCAGCUCCCCUGUCGUUGCAACCGCUAUUAAAAGGGACUUUGAUGAUCUGCUUUACCACGUUACCUUCCCUGCCACUCCCGCCGCUGACCUCGUUAAGCCGGACUGGAUACCGGUUCCAGCUGAUUUUGUCACCUCUGCUAAUAAGCGAGAGGCUUACCCGGGUUUCAACACCACCCGCGGCUACCAACCUGGGGUAGAGGAGAGAAAUGUUCUCGGUGACGAUAACCGAUUCCUCUGGGAGGGCACCGACUAUCCUUUUAAAACUCAGGGAAGGGUCACUUUUAACUCGAGCCCUACUUCGGGUGUGAUUUGCAGCGGCGUCCUGAUUGGCCCGCGUCAUGUACUGACUGCCCGUCACUGCGUCGGCGAUGGAACUUGGACGAACGGUCGCUUCGCACCAAGCUAUGAUAACGGUGAACGUUUUGGCUCUGCAGGGGUGACCGGAGUCAUAACCGACCCUGAUUACAAUUAUGGUUACCUUAGCCCCUGUUGGAUUAAAAACGACUAUGCCAUUUUGAUUUUGGAUCGACGCAUCGGCGAUGAGGUUGGCUACAUGUUUCUGUUCGACGUCCCCAAUCCGGCCUAUUUCAACCAGCCUAUUCUUAAUUCCUGUGGUUACCCAGGAGACAAGGGUGCUACCCAGUUGUGGUGUCAGUAUGGAAGAACCCCUUGGGGAUACGGAGGCUGCGAUACCACCGGACCUGUGACCACGGAUAUUGACGCUAUAAGUGGACAGUCGGGUUCGGCGGUAUGGCAGCAAAGACCCGAUGGGUCCCUUUGGCUUUGGGGAGUUGUGUCUGUAGUCAGCUCUGCCUCGACUGUGAUCGCAUCGGGUGAUGUGAUGUUGCUUGGUUUCAAGUUCGCUAUCGCCGCGUUUCCAUAGGCUGGAUUAACUUGCCCCGAAUCUUCUUUAUGCUUGGCUCAGCUUAUAGAUCGGACAAAAAGAUGGAGUAGACUUCGGCAACGAAAUGGAAUUAUCCUACGGCCUGCGGUUCAACCGUGGAAAAUACAGUAAGAUUAUUCUGGUUAGCGAGAGACUGAGCGGGGAAGUUUUCCCUACUAACCUAGAGUUUUUCUUCCUCCAGCACCAUGCGGUGCAACGCCGUACUAGUGAAAUUACAAGCGAAG